UGGGAUGGCUGCGUUUCCCUCCUUUUGAGUCGGGAAGAUGCAAGAAGCCGAAGGAGGAGCCCAAGACCCAGCAGGAGCUGCGGGAAGCGGCCCUGCGCAUUUGGAGUCGGCACCAGAGGCUGGACCAGCUCUUGCUGGAGAAUGGAAGUUCAGAAGAUGGCAAGUCCAUACUUUCCAGUAACCUCAGCAGGGGCGGAAGUCAAAUGUCAGUUCCAGAACAAUUUGUAGUCACAGCCUUGAAGGACGAGGCCUCUGUGCUGGGAAUGCCAGCAGGAAUCUUAUCAGCCAGAAUGGCAGCCAACCUCAUUGAGAAGAUCUCUAUGGAAUCGGAUGAGACUACACUAUUGGGUGCAGAACACAGAAAGAAGUUGUUCUGUUUGUUCCAGUCCUUGAAGGAAUUAUUAGCUUACAAUGCUUUCUGCCAUUCUGCUUUUGCUCAAGAAAUAUGGAAAACACAGCGCCCACCUAUUUUGGAAGUCGCCUGGCACCUGCAUAGAGAGAACAUUGUUCGUUUGGAAGAAUUACUGGAGAAGAAUCUGGAGGUUCCUACACUGGUGGAUUGGUUGUCGAGUAGCCUUCGCCUCCUGUGCCAUCAGAUGGAAGAAACGGACACUGAGAUUGGCCAGAACAUUCUCACAGACUUGGCUCUGGUGCUCCUUCAAAAUGGAUUUCCCAAAACACCCGAAACGCCUGAAAAGAAGCUGGAGAUGAAGAGAGUUUCUGAAGUAAGGCUGGAGCAGAUUUGUUCCCUAGAAUUCCAGUCACCCCCAUCCAUCUCUCGGGGGGCUGGGAAACCCCCUGCCUCGCCUCCUGUGAGGGUCUUUCCAGGCACUGAGCAGCCGGACUUGGCUCUGGUGCUCCUUCAAAAUGGAUUUCCCAAAACACCCGAAACGCCUGAAAAGAAGCUGGAGAUGAAGAGAGUUUCUGAAAUCUGUUGUGCUGUGCUGGAGAGAAUGUUGGCAUGGGUGCUGGAUGCUGUGGCUACGGAGAAGCAGGGCAGGGCCUCCCCCACAGGAAAGGCGGUGAGAUGCUGGCUCCAAGUCUACAGCCUGGUGGUUUUCCAAGGCACGGCUCCACCGGAGCAUCUGCAGGCCCUCUUUGGGCACAUCUUCACCCGGGUGCUUACCUACAAUCCCCAUCUGACAGUCUCCGAUGCCAUCCAUCUGCAGAGGGAAUGGAGCUUUGCCAGGACCAGCUCGCUGCUUGCUACCUUAUACCGCAAAGUCUUCGUGGUCUUCCAGCCGGAGGAACUGACCCGGCGCUUGCAGCAGGUCCUGGAGACGAGCGAAGUAAACUGGCACCACGUCCUCUCGUGCGUCUCCACCUUCUUAGUCUGCCACUCCCAGUCAGAGCAGCUGGUUAAAGACCUCCUGGGGGGUCUCUUGCGGAAGGCCUUUGCCAACUACGACCUGGAGAGCUUGAUCACCGCGUUCUUAAUUGUCCGCCAAGCAGCCUUGGAAGGCCCUGCCUUAUUCCCCCCUUACGCCGAAUGGUUUAAGCUCACUUUUGGGAAUGGCAGCAGCCUCCACGGCGGCAGCAGGAAGGCCCUCAUCUUCUUCUUCAAGUUCCUGUCGCAGCUGGUGCCCUUCGAAGCUCCCCAGUACCUGAAG